UAUGAUACUCAAAGUAAUAUACUACCGUGCCAUGGCACCUAGUUCAAAGUUCAUAGAGAAAAUGUCAAAGACAAAAUCAUAUGAUGAAAGCCUUGAUACAUCUCUAACUUAUAGGGAAGUGGCUCCUGUCCAUUUUCACCCUUUAGCGAUGAGUAAUUUGAGGGUAAAAUGGUGAAGUGCAGGUGCUUGGAUUCAAUUGCAGUGCUGUAGCCACACAUUUAGAAGGGCAGGCACACCACUGGACUGAGACCCAGGUUCGGUCGUUGAAGGAACUUGUGCGUCGAAAUUCUGUUUUCCAAGAUAGUUAGUCCUCACUCGCAUCUUGUUCAAGCAACUGAAUGCCCACCAAAGAUACUAUAGUGUAACAUGUUGCAUUCGGCCUUUUUUUUUUUGAAUUGCGUGAGUGAAAUAAGCCUGCAAUUGCCAGCCUUGCUAGUGGAGCCUCAAACCUUUAUUUAUAUUUUAUCAGCCACACCGCAAACAAACGUUUGAAAGCUGGACGUUCUUUGGGCUUUGAUCUUUUAAGACCUGGCUAGGAGAUGAGCGUAGACUCCAUUAUGGGCAUAACAAGAUCAACUAAUUCAUGAGUAUGUGGCCCAUGAUCACUUUAGUGUGGGUCUACCUUUUAGGCCCUCUUUACCCACGAAGCGGACGUGGGUUGACUGAAAGGCAACGGUCAGCUUGCUGACUUUUAACUCUUCGGUGGAUAGCGUAGCCGUUGCAAAUUGAAAGCUGAAACGCUCUCGAUGGUAAAAUGUACAGAAUCGUACACCGAUUAAUGUUCCAUUUUAAGCAACAAAAUUUAAAAAAAAAAUUAUGAAAAGGGGUUUAUUGGCUGGCAGGUGUCUGGUCGCCAUUGGCUUUUCUUCUGCUUCCCGAAUCAUAUCGAGCAGUUCCUCUUUGUUAUUUAUAAUCAAACGACACCAAAAGAAAGGCCGUCCAACGAACGGAUUCUUCAAAGUCGAAGACCUUUAUUGGCAAGACUACAUCACCUACAAUAUCCUGGCUACAGUUUUCUCCUGAAAUUUCACGUCAUUUAGACGUGCCAACACGUGAUUCCCCCACGUCAGUUCCCGCAUGAAGACCUCCCUAACGUCCAUAUAUUAUUUUACGCCGGCUUAGGACUUCCUCCCGUCGAGUCGCUUCUUCCACCCCUUCAACGGUCUUAAUCACCAACCUUAUAAAUGACGAUUAUGCCCUCGUCAGACCGUAAAUACCGGCGGAGUCCCCGAACGCCUCUCCUCCCUCAAAAGUUCGAAGACCAAUUAUUCGAGGCUCAUGAAUCCGGCUUCGAUGGCGCCUCGAUUUCAGGAGCCGUAUGUAACCUCUCGACCACCAUCGUGGGAGCCGGAAUCAUGGCGCUCCCAGCCACCGUCAAUCAACUGGGUCUAAUUCCUGGCCUAAUCACAAUCAUAUUCGUCUUUAUGUUAACGGAAUCAUCAAUUGAUAUGAUUCUCAGAUUCAGCCGAGCCUCUAAAUCCGCCACAUAUUCAGGCGUUGCCGCCGACGCUUUCGGUGGGGUGGGCCGUAACCUCCUUCAAGCCUGCAUUGUCAUCAACAACUUGGGCAUGCUUGUGGUUUACAUGAUCAUCAUAGGUGAUGUGUUGUCGGGGACAUGGGUAGAUGGCUUCCACCACAGGGGAGUAAUGGAAGAAUGGUUCGGUGAACAUUGGUGGACCACGCGUUUGGCUUGGCUCUUGUUCACCACACUUUUCGUUUUUGCUCCUCUAAUUUCAUUCAAGCGCGUUGAUUCAUUGAGAUACACAUCAGCAUUGUCGGUUGGUUUGGCGGUUGUGUUUGUGGCAAUAACAGCGGGAGUUGCAAUUGUUAAGUUGAUGGAAGGGAAAAUUGGAAUGCCUCGUCUAAUGCCAAAACUUGUUAAUCAGGCAUCGUUUUGGAAGCUUUUCACCACCGUUCCUGUUAUAGUUACUGCUUUUAUAUGCCACCAUAAUAUACUCCCAAUAGAGAAUGAAUUGAAAGCCCCUACACAGAUGAAGUCAAUAGUUAGAAAGUCCCUCACAUUAUGCUCUUCUGUCUACAUUGCUACCAGCUUCUUUGGAGUUUUUCUCUUUGGAGAUCAUACUUUGGAUGACGUGCUUGCCAACUUUGAUGGUGAUCUUGGAAUUCCAUAUAGUUCAUUGCUUGAUGAUUUGGUCAGAGUGAGCUAUGGUCUUCACCUGAUGCUUGUUUUCCCAAUUGUGUUUUUCUCACUUCGUCUCAACGUAGAUGGUCUUUUAUUUCCGUACGCCAUUCCUAUUGCUUUUGACAACAGGAGGUUCUUCUCUGUAACAGUAGCUCUUAUGGGUUUUAUCUUUAUGGGAGCCAACUUUGUUCCUAGCAUCUGGGAUGCCUUCCAGUUUACUGGUGCAACUGCUGCGGUUUGUGUUGGCUUUAUCUUUCCAGCUGCAAUCACCCUUAGGGAUAUCCAUGGAAUUGCAACAAAGAAUGAUAGACUAAUAUCAUGGAUGAUGAUUAUUCUUGCUGUCUCAACAAGCACCGUGGCUGUGACUAGUGAUAUUUAUAGCAUUUUUAGUGUUGACCAAGGAGUUGUAACCUGAUUUUAUGGAAGGGUCCUUGUAUAUCUGGUUUUGCUGGUUCAUUGACAUAGUGGGAAACUCAAGGGCAAGGGGACGGGAACAAUCUGGGUUUCUUUCAUGCAGCUUAAUGUGAAAGCAUGACGAAUAGAGUGACUGUUCCAGCAUCUCGUGAGGUUUGAUACUAACUAUUCUCUGAAGUAAUGCAGGUGAUUUAGUUGUUAUUUCUUGAUUCUUUGGUAGAGUAUUUCAAUUACUGAUUUUGGUGUCUUAUCUGCCUCCUUUUACAGAAUUGAAAAUAUUCUGGUCUGGAUGAAAAAGUGUCAAUUCCAAAUUUAAAACAAGUUUAACAUUGCUCAUCUUUUGGAUGGAAUUUUAAAGCAAGGACAUCACAUACUAAAAGGCAAUGACAAUCUCUAUCGUUUAUUUAAAAAUAAUAGUAAUAAUAGUAAUAAUAAUAAUAAUUAGUGCGUUACAGAUAAUGCCAACACUAUGCUUCAUAACCAUACAUGUAAUUAAGGUUUUUUUUUUUUAAUUUAUUCCCUAUUUGUUUUUUUUGGUAUUUGAGAUUGGUAAAGAUUUCAUCCUGAAAUUGUUCCAUUUGUCAUAUGGUUUGUGUUUUGUUUUUAGAAAACUGGGGCGAGUCCAAUGGUUUUGGACCUUUAUACCAGAGCUUUGCGGACGUCUUUCUUUCUAGCUAAUGUUUGGGUGCCCUUGUAGGAUUGGAUGGAUUGACAUUUUACAAAUUGGGCUUUGAGGCCUAUUUAAUUGAUGGGUGAAUUUUAUGGGCAUUUUUAAGCAUGCAUACAUAAACAACAUAAGGCAACGUUGUCACCCCCAAACUGUCUCGGGAGGAGUCAUCUCCACAAUUUUGACAUGAGCAUUGCGUUGUAGCCGCUUCAUUUUCCUUUAGCAAACCCACAUUUUCUUAACACUUGUCGCAUAAACAUUGUUCCCUCCCUGUCCCAAUCUUUCCGAGACAAGUUAUUUUACAGUUGUUUCCCGUAUGUUCUAAAAUCAACCCUUUGAAAGUAGAUGAGAGAAUUGCAAUGACAGUCAUAUUCAUACAAAA